AGUGUAUAAAUUCAUUACAUUGACAUUACCACUUCAACCAAUUUAGUGAAACAUUCUAAAACAAAGGACCCAGUUUUACAUUUUUUUUUGUUCCUGAGUUCCAAUGGCUCUUCAGGCUGCUUCCUUGGUUUCUGCUUCUUUUUCUAUUGCUAAAGAGGGAAAGUCUGGUGUAUCUCUCAGGGACACCACAAUGUUUGGUGUUUCAUUGUCGGAUACUCUCAAAUCUGACUUCAGCUCUCCCUCAUCGACUUGCAAAAGGGAAUUCCAACAAAAAUUUGGCCCUUUGAGGGUUCAGUCAGUGGCAACAACAACUCCAGGAGUCACCAAGGCUUCACCAGAAGGAAAGAAAACUUUGAGGAAAGGCAGUGUUAUUAUCACUGGGGCUUCCUCUGGAUUAGGCCUGGCCACUGCUAAGGCUUUGGCUGAGACAGGAAAGUGGCAUGUGAUAAUGGCCUGCCGGGAUUUCCUCAAAGCCGAAAGGGCUGCGAAAUCUGCCGGCAUUGCUAAGGAAAACUACACUAUUAUGCAUUUGGACCUUGCAUCUCUUGAUAGUGUGAGGCAAUUUGUUGAUAACUUUAGGCAAUCAGGCCGGCCACUGGAUGUGCUUGUUUGCAAUGCUGCGGUUUACUUGCCAACUGCCAGGGAACCUACAUAUACUGCUGAUGGCUUUGAACUCAGUGUUGGAACCAACCAUCUCGGGCAUUUCCUCCUUUCGCGCCUUUUGCUUGACGACUUGAACAAAUCUGACUACCCUUCGAAGCGGUUGAUCAUUGUAGGCUCAAUCACAGGAAACACCAACACAUUGGCUGGAAAUGUGCCACCCAAGGCUAACCUUGGUGACAUGAGGGGACUAGCUGGAGGCUUGAAUGGGCUAAACACUUCAGCCAUGAUAGAUGGAGGAUCCUUUGACGGCGCUAAGGCAUACAAGGACAGCAAAGUCUGCAACAUGCUUACAAUGCAAGAAUUCCACAGAAGAUACCAUGAUGAAACUGGGAUCACAUUUGCUUCCCUUUACCCAGGUUGCAUCGCCACAACAGGCUUGUUCAGAGAGCACAUUCCCUUGUUCAGACUUCUCUUCCCUCCAUUCCAAAAGUACAUAACCAAGGGCUUUGUCUCAGAAGAUGAAUCAGGAAAGAGACUUGCACAGGUUGUGAGUGAUCCAAGCCUAACAAAAUCAGGUGUUUACUGGAGCUGGAACGCGGCCUCUGCUUCGUUUGAAAACCAAUUGUCCCAAGAAGCCAGCGAUGCAGAUAAGGCUCGCAAGGUUUGGGAGAUUAGUGAGAAACUUACUGGUUUGGCUUAAGUGGUACUUUGGCAGCUUCCAAUAUCCAUCUUGAUUUAGGGACAUUUGUCAUGGAGUUCAAUAACAUCUCAGAAGAGUUUAGACCCUCUUCUGAUGAGUUUGUUAGAUUCUUUUUCUAGCUGCUAACUCCUCUUGGUCUGAUGACUACUGUCGAUGAAUCCUUCACCUGAGGCCAAGUGCACAUGAACUAUAGAGAAAUAAUAAUUGUGCACAUUGACUAUGAUCAAUGCCAUUGCCUAUCUUAUGUUAAUAGUCAUUUAUGUGAACUCCAGAGUGAAUUGGCUAUAAUUUAACCAUAAUUUAAUUUUGAAA